AUGGACGAAAACUUUUCUCAAGCAGGACAAGAAGAUCAGCGUUCGGUACUGGACUAUCUGAGCUUUCGAGCCUCACCUCCCACAAGCAUGUCCAGUCGCCAACGAAUGCAAGGAGUUCUAUGGAAACGCCGUGAUUUAUUCAAGUAUCAUUGGCGGCCUCGAUGGUUUGUCCUCCACAAUGAACAACAUCUCUUGACGUACUAUCUACUGGCCAAUGAUGACAAGAAGAGGAAUAGGAGGAAUUCUCAAAGUCAGGAAACACAGUCACAGGCAUCCCAGGGGACAUCGACCAGAGAAUUGGGCAAUCGAAGUCGGACGGCUUCUGAAGCUUCACAAAAUACUGUGGACUAUGAUGUGGUUCCUAGAGGAUCCAUCUAUUUACUUGGCAGCUCCGUUGAGGCCAAUCCAUUGUUGAGCAAACCCUCCGAGAAUCUGUAUGUCUUUACAAUUACCGAUCAUGAACACGCGACCUUUGUCCACUUGGCGGCCAGAUCUAUCGAAGUCCGUAACGAAUGGAUGCAGCAAAUCACGGUGGCUUGCAAUGCUGAUGCGAUGACGGGGGGUGACGUCAGCGUUUCGAACAAUAAUAGCGUUGUCACCAGUGAAAAUCUGCGCAACGGCCUGAAUUCCACCCCGCCAGGACGACCACGGCGGCAACAGCCUCUGACACCCACCACAACAACAACACCCACGCCCUUUACGACACCGAAUCGCAUCUACACUACGCCGUCAAGAAAUAGAAAAGCAGCUUCUGCAGCAGUUGUCACAGUAAUUCAGAGUGAUUUUGAUCGGACUUUGGAACGUUUAGUCUUGAAUUAUUUGCCAUCCUCCCUCACACCGACUGGAAUGUGGAUGUCGGAAGCACACGCCAUAUCACACACCACUUUUGAAAAAAUGGAGCAAGUGCUGAAGGUGCUCGAUUGGAAUGGAUCGUCCUCAUGGAAAGAAAAGCUGAUCGAUGCCAAGGAACGGGUCGACGUUAUAUUGUCGGAUGGCGAGUUGGAAUCCUUGGAAGAACUCCUAAGACAAACCAGGCUAAAGAGUCCUAUCAAAAGUCCACUCCUAUCUGUUUCCCCUCGAAUACCCAACACGAACUGGAGUACUGUCCUUGGAGAUUCACUUCAUGACAAUACCCCGUCAAGCAUGGAACAAUCCAUGGACCGACUGCUCCAACGCUACUUGCCCUAUGUUGAUGACGUGGACCAUCCUGACUUGCAAUUCAAAUAUGACAACAAGGGAGUACAUUGUUCUGUACACAAGAAAGAACAAUUGAUUCGGUCCAUUCGCGAGGUCGAAGCGCACAAACCAUCGGACUACUUGCAAGUAUUGUGGGUCUUUAAAAAGGAUUUGGAAAUGGAAUCCAAUGUUACCAAGCAAGAGCCACUACACCAGUACAAUCCUAAUACUAGUCUGGUGUAUAAGGCUUAUCAGGCUGUUUGGCCAACAGGACCUCGAGAGUUUUGUUCGGCAGCUCAUUGGCGUCUUUUAAAGAACACCGAAACCGACAACUUGGCUCUGUGUCUACUGGCCUUUUCGUGCCCCGAGGCCGAAGCUAUGAGGCCAAGUGUGGCACCAAGACAUGUUCGUGGCCAUUUGACUGUCUCACUUCAUGUAUGGGAACAGAUGCCGAAUGGAUGCACACAUACUCGAAUUCUAAGCUACGAUCUGAAGGGACAAAUCCCCAAAGCGAUCAUGCAAACUGUCAUGACCCAGCAAGCUGACUUACCUCGUAUUAUGGAUGCCCAUUUGCAAAAGGUCAAGAAUCGAGGCAAUUCCAUUAGCCAAGUGCCAGAAAUGACAUACGAAUCGCUCUACGAGGUACUAAAGCAACGAAACAAGGAUAAUAGGAAACCCAAGGCGAAACGAAGCAAUAGUAGUGCCAGUAGUAUCACUGGCACCAAGGCGGAGGACGACAGGUCUGCUGAAGUCCUAUCCCAAGUAAAUUCGGAUUCCGGUUCGAUAUUUGACACGUCGCCUAAUACGGAAACAGAGUUCCGAUCACGGAGUGCGCCUCCUAACUUAUUAGUGGAAGGUGUGGUCCUACUUCUUCCUGUGAUGGUACACCAUUUCCUGAAAAACUCUUGGGCUAGGACCUCGAUACUCCUACGACUGAUCUCCUUGCAUUCCCAAGUGAGUUCCUUGAUCAUCACUCUGGCUUCGAUAGUCUUUGCCAUCCGUUGGGUCAUGGUGGAACAUUUACUACACUCCUCCAUUCAACUAUCCUCCGAUCUCGAUGUUUUUCGACUAGGCGGAAGGAAUGGCAAGACACAGUGUCAUUUCACCUUCAAUCUUCGAAACAUGGAACGAUAUCUGAAGGAGAAGAACGAAGCCAAAGAAAACGGAGCUCACGGAACGGAACUGUCCCAUGUGGUGAUUCGAGCAUUAGCUUUGGCGAUGGAGCAUAAUCCGCAGUCUGUCGCUCGGCGGGUUUUUCCCAGUUUUCCAUUGGUAUACAAUCCGUCAGUUGUGCUUCACGACGAGGGUGCUCUCUCCCCAUCGGAUCCAAUGUGGGUUCCUGCAGAACAACAGCACUCUGUCCACAGUAUUACGGGAUAUCUCAGCGACCCAACGGCAGAAGUCGAGCCAAACUUUGUGGAAUCACAUUUGCUGGGACCCUCUUGUCGUUUAUGGGUCUCGCCGGACCACCAGCAGCACAACCAUCCAUUGGUGCAGGUCGAUUGGCAUGCCCCAGAUACACCACUAUCGAUUGUCAUAUCAAGCUACUUGAAACGACAGGCUUAUGGUGCUCACACCACGAAACAUUUGGAUGUCUCCAUGACCUUUCAGUCGCAUGAUGUGGCAGCCUGUCGGUCUUUUGCCAAACAAUUUCAGCAAUUGAUUCAAAUUCCAGACAUGUGCGAUGACUAG